AUGACUGCACAGGAGCUCAAUACUGUAGAACACAAUGAAGAGGUUGUCACUGCACCCGUGACAAAGACCCAAGACGCUCCUUUUAUCUACGAGACUCCUGGCUUCUUUGCCGACGACUCGCGUGUGCCUCAAUGGGCACAGAAUCUUGCAACGGACCUAUUUAGCUUUGUGACCAUUCAUUACAAUGUCUGGGCCGUCCCAUUUGUCGUGCUCUUCUACUAUUUGUAUCAAAUCGGCUAUAGUUACAUACCUAUAGUGCUUGUGACGUUGUAUCUACCGUCGUUUCUAAGUGGUGCCCAGAAGACAGCCAAGGGAAAUGUCUGGCCAACGUUUCGUACUGGACGCAUCUGGGGCCUCACUGCUAAGUUUCUUGGAGUAAAGAUUAUUCGAGAACAAGAGCUGGACAGCAACAAGAAGUACAUCUUCGGCUAUUACCCGCAUGGGAUCAUGGUUUUGUCACGUGUCUCCACCUAUGGCGGCAAUUGGGAAAAGAUUUUCCCAGGUAUUUCGACGCGAGCACUAGGGGCAUCGACCAUGUUCUACGUCCCUUUAGGCCGUGAACUGUGUCUCUGGCUUGGUGGUGUGGACGCCUCGCGGUCUACAGCUGACAAGGUCUUGAACGACGGCACCAGUAUUGUCGUGUAUCCUGGUGGCGUGCCCGAAAUCUUCAAGACGGAUCCCAACUCAAAGGUGAACGAGCUCGUGCUAAAGAAUCGUCUGGGCUUUGUCAAGCUCGCCAUGCGUCACGGAGCGGAGCUUGUGCCGAGCUUUGUCUUUGGUGAAAAGUGGUUGUACAACAUGUGGAAUCCUCCCCAAGGCGUCAUAGAUUUCUUCCGCAAGACGCUCAAGAUUCCGGUGAUCGUCUUUUGGGGGAAGUUCAUGUGGAUGCCUAAGCAGCCGCCUAAGGGGAAGCGAUUCGGCGUAGUGUACGGCAAACCAAUUCCCGUCAAGUUGAUGGCCAACCCUACGGAGAAGGAGAUUCGCGCCGUGCACCAGCAAUACGUUGGGGAAAUCGAGCGACUCUUUUCACAAUACAAGAAGGAGUUUGGUUAUGAUGACGACGAGACAUUACUGAUCAGCUAG